GAGCUGUGCUCGUGCCCGAGAGUGAGGUGACUGCGGGAGGAAAACAAGCUAGAGACGAUCGAGACGCAUCCUGACCUGCAGAGACACUCACUGAGACGUGUUGACGCCCUGUAGGGUUAUGUUCACACCGGAGGCAGCUCAGGACACCGAGGAAGAGUCAUAGGAUGCACUGGCGACCCACCUAGUGACUGGUCUGCAGGCUCUCUGUUCGUCUUAUCCCGUACGCCACCAGGUUGGGAGGCAGAUUCCCAGGCCCGCCUCGGACGCUAAACGUUUUUACUGGACCUAGCCAACAGGCCGCUUAAGGAGUGCAAGAGCACCUCUUCACGUGUGUUGUUCGGACCAGCCCCGCUCAUCUCCCGACAGAGGAGGUCGGAGCAACUGUACCCCUGCCCAACCAUCUAGUACCCCUCGCCCCACGACCUGCCACACCAUGGUGCUCUCGCAAAGGCAACGCGAUGAAUUAAAUCGUGCAAUAGCUGACUACCUGCGUUCCAAUGGUUAUGAAGAAGCAUAUUCCACCUUCAAGAAGGAGGCUGAACUAGAUAUGAACGAAGAAAUGGAUAAAAAGUAUGCAGGCCUAUUGGAAAAGAAAUGGACCUCAGUCAUCAGAUUACAGAAAAAGGUGAUGGAGCUGGAGUCCAAGCUGAACGAAGCCAAGGAGGAGAUAACCCUGGGCGGUCCCGUCACUCAGAAACGGGACCCCAAGGAGUGGAUCCCGCGCCCACCGGAGAAGUAUUCCCUCAGCGGGCACCGCAGCCCCGUCACCCGGGUCAUCUUCCACCCCGUGUUCAGCGUCAUGGUGUCCGCCUCUGAAGACGCCACAAUAAAGGUCUGGGACUACGAGACCGGUGACUUUGAACGCACACUCAAGGGGCACACAGACUCAGUGCAGGACAUCUCCUUCGACCAGACUGGCAAACUUCUAGCAUCCUGUUCUGCGGACAUGACCAUAAAGCUGUGGGACUUCCAAGGCUUCGAGUGCAUCAGGACCAUGCAUGGACACGACCACAACGUUUCAUCUGUAACCAUCAUGCCCAAUGGAGAUCACAUAGUGUCCGCCUCGAGGGACAAAACCAUCAAAAUGUGGGAGGUCGCAACUGGGUACUGCGUGAAGACCUUCACCGGCCACAGGGAGUGGGUGCGCAUGGUGCGGCCCAACCCGGACGGCACGCUGAUCGCCAGCUGCUCAAACGACCAGACCGUGCGCGUGUGGGUCGUGGCGUCCAAAGAGUGCAAGGCCGAGCUGAGGGAGCACGAGCACGUGGUGGAGUGCAUCUCCUGGGCCCCCGAGAGCGCCUACCCCAGCAUCAUGGAGGCCACCGGCUCCGAGGUCAAGAAGAGUGGAAAGCCUGGGCCUUUCCUGCUGUCCGGCUCCAGAGACAAAACCAUCAAGAUGUGGGAUGUCAGCAUUGGCAUGUGCCUUAUGACACUGGUCGGUCAUGACAACUGGGUGCGUGGGAUGCUUGUCCACCCCGGAGGCAAAUUCAUAGUGUCCUGCGCGGACGACAAGACCCUGAGGAUCUGGGACUACAAGAACAAGCGCUGCAUGAAGACCCUGUAUGCCCACGAACAUUUUGUAACCUCUCUUGAUUUCCACAAGGCUGCUCCCUACGUCGUCACCGGGAGUGUAGAUCAAACAGUCAAAGUGUGGGAGUGUCGCUGAUUUGUGCCCGAGAAGAUUGGACGGACAACUACCCCUGCCAUCUAAUCGCUCCCUUCAGAUCCGAAUAAGCCCCCAGCCCCCCUUCCCCACCUUCCAUCCCCACCCCACCCUCACCCUCACCUCUCCAUUCCACCUCCUCCAGAACCCACCGACCAGCCCCUUGCCUCCGGCCGCCCACCGUGGGUAUUUACCUAGUGUGCUCUCUGGUUCAGUAACUAUUGUCCUUCUAUGUAAAUUAUUCCUGGAUGUAGAUUGAGCUAUUAAAUGUUACACACAAAAAAGUAUUCUUGCAUGGUAAUCCAAAAUUGUAUACUAUAAAUUAACAUUACAUUGUCUAGAAGUACCAUAGGUUUAACACGAGGCUGACCAUAUGUCAAGCAGCCUUACCAACCGAAGGCAGAUCUUUUGUUCCUUUGACUGGGUGUAAAAAUGUAGGGCACUAAAAAAAACAACACAAUAAUUUAAGAAAUGACAGUGGCGUUCUUUGUGUAUGAUUUAUUUUGUGUAUUUUUAUUUCUCUUCAUUCACUGUCUUAGUCUGUUGGUGCCUAGCUUGGUGAGGUGUUCAGAGGAGAAAGGCAAGAAAAAGGAACAAUAUGAUCCCUUAAUUGAGAUAUAAUUGUUGGGCUUUGUAAUUGGAAUAAUCUGUAGCGUUGUAACCUCAUUCCUCGACUGUGCAUACCAUUUUACUUCAUGUGGAACUAGACGAUAUUUUAAUGGCUGCAUAUAAGAAUGUUUCUUUGGACCUUUGGGGGGGGGGGGUGGGCAGGGGGUACUCUUGUCAAGUUGGGGGAUCCCAGAUGGGCAUAGAAACCACUGAUAAGCUUUAGAAAUUCUGCUUUGCAUUCAGGAAUCCAAUAGUAUCAUCAAUGGCUUUGUGCAUAGGACUGCUAUGAUGUGGCGCAGAUGUCCACUUCUUUGUGAGCAUGUAGGCCUAAAUUUGAUGUGGUUCAAGUGUGAGGAUCCCCUACCUCAAACACCCAUAGCCUGUUUGUUUGCCCGUCACUGUCAAAGAGUGCCCUGGCUUGUGGGACCCGGGCUCCGGCAGACUUCAGGGAGUAAAUCUUCUAAUCUCUAGCACUUGAUAAUGACAGGAGCUGUGUCUUCAUUCAUUUGAAGUUGCACUGUAACGUCAUAUGGUCUGGCUCACGUUUGUUCAGCUGAGUCCUUAUCGGUAGUAGUUGUUGUCCCGUGGUGCCACUGCAGCCUAAAUCACAAGGGUAGGGAUGUCAUUUGCCAGUCAAAUGGAGAGGCAAAGGGCGGGACACAACGUUAAAGUGGUUUCUGGGUGUCCCAAGAUUUCUCAAAGGGGGAAAUACGAUCUGUAUAAUAAAGUAUUGGCGGGUAAAAGAGCAGAUUCUGUAAAUAUAUAAAAUGUAAAAUUAGCCUUUUGGGGAGAGAUUCAGCUAAAUCUGUAUUGCCCACAAGGAAAUGCAGCAUGGGGUUUCAGGAGAACUUAGGAAAAACUAGCAGCAGACAUACUAAAUAAAUAUGUAUGUGGGCUGUUUAACUAAUGGUUUAUGGUGACGUUUGCUGCUACGGUUAAGAGCUCCACUGUGUACGGCAGUGUAUUUCCCUAGAUGAGCCAUGGUUUGGGUUUUUCGUGUAAAGGGCACAAGAAAGCUAAAGCCUAAGAUGGGAGGAGCUCAAAGUGCAAACCUCACAAACCAAUUAGAAAUAUGUACAAAUGUCCACUUGAGUGGCUUUUCCUCUUCCUAUUUUUCGUUUUUGAUUUUGGUGCAACAAUAUUCUACAAAGAGCAGGAAGACGUUCACAAGUAAUCGUUAUUGAGUGUGUUAGAGAGAAACCAUUCCGUUCCAAUGGAGGUAGAAUAUAUAGAGUAUCUUGCAUCUAACUCUGUAGCUGACCAAGGAAAUUAAUUUAACUUCCCUGCACAUCCAUGCUUUUUAAGAUCUUUGGCAAUGUUUAGUGAUCAAAGACAUGACAAAGAUUUAAAGACAUUAAUAAAUGCAUAAUGAUAUCAUUUGAUUAGCCUUUCAUUCCAAUGCAGUUCUUUGUUAAUAAAGAAUUAAACUGCUUAACUGAUCUUAUCUAGCCUCUUUGCCAUGUUUUUUUCCUGUUCCUGUACUGGAUGUGGCUACCUACUGCACAACCCCCUGCUACCGGCCUGUGUGUACUGGAUGUGGCUACCUGCUAGUGGCCGGUGUGUACUGGAUGUGGCUACCUGCUGCUAGUCGCUAGUGUGUACUGGACGUGGCUACUAGCUGCACAGCCUCCUGCUACUGUGUACUGGACGUGGCUACUAGCUGCACAGCCUCCUGCUACUGUGUACUGGACGUGGCUACCUGGUGCACAGCCUCCAGCUACUGUGUACUGGAUCUGACUAUCUACUACACAACCUCCUGUUAGUGGCAAAUGUGUCCUGGAUGUGGCUACCUGGUGCACAACCUCCUGCUAUUGGCUGGUGUGUACUGAAUGUGGCUACAUGCUGAACACCCUACUUCUAGUGGCUAGUAUGUACUGGAUGUCUAUACCUGAUGCACACCCUCCUGCUCGUGUCUAGUGUGGACUGGAUGUGGAUACCUGAUGCACACCCUCCUUAUAUUGGCUAGUGUGAGCCUCAUGGGACCUGUUGAUAAAGUACUGCAUGUAAUAAUGGACUAGAGGCAGAGCUGUCUGGGUAGGCCAGCUGGUUGAUUCGAGUGCAGCAUUCUCAAUGCCCAACAAGCAAGCUAUUACUGACGUCACUAUGAUAAUGCAAAUUGGCCCCAAUGACCAUAGAACAUCCAUUUCUGAAGGUGUCUGUACAGGCAAUGUAAUGAACAUUAAGCUUAUAACGUUAGUUUAUAAAGGACCGAACAACAAGACUCCAUACCAAACAGUUCAGCUGGCUGGGUGACUAAAGGCAGCUCUGUUUUGUGGCUUUAAAGACUUAUCAUGUUUGUGUGUGAAGCUAUACAAAAGGAGGCCAGAACUCCAGAGUUAGCUGCCUCCUUUGUGUCAAUUUGACUGGAUUGCCGCAGACUGAGAUGUUCCAAAAGAGAAUCCCUGUCACCUUAAUCAAGGGAAGGCUACUCAUGUCUACUGUUACUGGUUCUGGGCCCAGUAGGUUAUUCUUUCCUACAUUAAUCCUGUGAUUCCUUGCCGACUUGCUUGAGGAGCGAUAUUGAUUUUGUCAUUCCCCCUGUCAGCUCUUUGUGUUCUCAACUGUUCUUUGUCAUACAAAUGCAGCUGCGAUACAUAUUUUUAGCUCAAGCCAAAAGAUAGGAGUUAUUGGUACAAUCUGAUUUUGUAUAAUCUGAAUGCAGUCUUUCCAUUUAUUUUUCUUAUUUAUUUUUCUUUGGUACAGGACUAAGUACCGACAAAAAAAAUCCUAAUCCCUCUUUCCAAUCGCUUGACUUCAGACAAUGUGACAUUCAACAAACAAAACCAGGCAGGUGAAUUUAGAUUAAACAUGACAAAACCUUCCUUCCUUGCUAGUGGAACCUUUCUGGUAUUGGAUAAGGAAGGUGGAUUGUGCAACAGCCAAUGCAACGGGGACGUGAGAGUGAAUGAGCUACAACCCAGCCUUGGAAUCCUAAGGAAUUCUGCUUGAGAUUCGCAGGUCCCAAGCAAUCCUGAUGGUGCAGAGAUGUUGUGUUUGAAAGGAAAAGCUUCACUGUGGACACUUUCUGUAGCCUUGAGUCCACUAACUGCCCUUUGAAUACAUCAAGGGUUUCAGACUUCACAAGCUUGACCAAGGGUUAUCUUUGCUUCCAUGGUCUUCACCCAUCACAAAGCAAAAUGUUAACAAUAUAUCUGGAUGUCAUUGUUUGCAACAUAAUAAACGAAAGAAAAAAGA